AUGGCGGAAUGUGAAACAAGCGAGAGCGACAAACAGGAUUCGCUUUCAGAUGCCGAAGCUCCCAAAUUAUCAGAUUUAUUUGACCAUGGGUGGAAGAUAUUUGAUGAGGUCGACAAUACAAAUGAUCCUCUUGCUUCAAACAGUGUUCAGGUAAGAGUGAGACGCGCGAUUAGUAUGUUAGAAGAUACAUCGCGAAUGGCUGCUCAGCUGAACUUGUUUAGUCGCAAUGAAGAAUUGGAGGAAAUUGCUACAGCGGACCUGAAAUAUCUGUUGAGUCCCGCUCUGUUGGGAGCCCUGACCAUGAAAGUUACAGGUCGAGAGAAGCGUUUGGAGAUUGUGCAAACUGCCCGAGCCUAUUUUAUGGAUUUCCUGAGAAGAUGUAAAGACUAUAACGUAUCACAGUUCACUCUGCCGGAGUCUGGAAAUGAAAGUACACUUCCCGAAGAAUCCUCAGAGGAUGCAACCUCCACCUGCAUGACGCCUAUGCCCAGCACAUCUAGCUUGGUUGCCAUGGCCGCACAAAGGCAAGCUAAAAUUGAGCGAUACAGCCAGAAGAAGGAGCUGGAGGCCAGACUGUCAGAUGUGCGGAGGUCGGUGGAGAGCGGACAGGCGGACGAUGAAACCAGCAGAGAUUUCUACUUGCUGAAUGUUCGAAAAUGGAUCAUUCUUUGCCUGGAUGAAGUACAGAGCAUAGACCAAGAGAUGGAAAUACUGAAGAAUAUGGAUCUGAUGCAACUUGGCGCCCCACAGCCCGCUCGACCCAGCAGGCCCCCCAUGAAACCAUUCAUCCUAACCAAGGAUGCUUUACAGGCUCAGGUGUUUGGGUCUGGUUAUCCAAGCCUUCCUACAAUGACUGUAAAUGACUGGUAUGAUCAGCACAAGAAACACGGAGUCCUGCCCGACCAGGGAGUUCCCAGAAGGCUUGCGGUUGAGGAGGACACUGAUGCGAAGGAAAGUGAAGAAGAAGAAAAAGAGAAAUUGGCUGAAAACGAUGACGAGGAGGCUUUGAUGAAAGCCAGGAAGUGGGAUGACUGGAAAGACGAUCAUCGCAGGGGUUAUGGAAAUCGCCAAAACAUGGGCUAA